UUUUAACCUAAAAGUUUUUAACCUAAAAUUUUUUUAUGAAAGAUCCAAGUUUGUUUUCAUUUUCAUGAUUUCGUUGUGUACGAGAGGCUCUGGUUAACGCGUUUUACGAACUUUUCUAUCCAGAAAUGUCUGGAGCUUUGGUACCAACAAAGGCAUCCCUGGAGAAGGGUGUCCAAAAAGUAGAAGAAGUAACUUUUGUUUCUUACAAACCCAAAAAGAAGUCAGAAAGAGUUCAGGAAAACCAACAGAAUGAGGAAAGCGAUACAAACUAUUUCAAUAUUAAAAAGGCUAAGAAUGAAAUGAUCAAAUUUGCUUUGUCAGAUCUUGAAGGCAAGGAGAAAAGAAAUGCUAUGAUGCAAUUAGCAAUUAAAUUGGGAGCAAAACCACCAAGGAGAAAAUUCAGAAACUAUAAAAGUUUGAUUGAAGAAAGGAAAAAGGAGAAAGCUGAAGAGGAAACAAAAGAGUAUCUGCGGAAAAUUGGAAAAAAUUCUAUCGGAGAAUCCAUAGCCAAAACCAAUUUGGCUAAAAAGAACAAGAAAAAAUUCAAGAAGUCCGUAGAUAUUUUGGAUAUAUAUGGUAAAGUGAAGAAAGCUGUUGAGAAAUAAAUAAUUUCCCUUCCAGUUUUUGUGACUAUUUGAUAAUUCUUCGUCAGGAAACUAAGAAGUCAGCUGAUUCUUGCUAAAAGAGAAGUUUUGAUAUAGCCAUUGUAAAUAUUUUUGUUAAUGAACAAUAUCUUAUUUAAA